AUGGAGGUAGCGCAGCUCAAGGACCUGGAGGAGAACUUCGGCCUGGCCAAAAGGAGAUAUGAGGAGCUGCGCAGGCAGGAACGGAUCUUCAAUGCCAGGAACAGGAUCAUCGGGGGAGACACAGAAGCCUGGAAUGUUCAGGUUUGUGACCAGAAGAUAAAAGAAGCAACUGAAAAAGCUAGACAGGAAGCCUUUGCUGCUGAAAUGAGACAAAAUGACAAGAUCGCAUGCAUAUCAGAAGACCGGGAAAGGAGAGAUAGGAAAAAUCUCUGUAAAGCUAUCAAUGAUUUCCAACAGAGCUUUCAGAAGCCAGAAACUCGCCGUGAAUUUGACCUCUCCGACCCCCUAGCCCUUAAGAAAGAUCUUCCAGCCCGGCAGUCAGAUAAUGAUGCUCGGAAUACAGUAUCAGGAAUGCAGAAAUUCAUGGGAGAGGAUUUAAACUUCUAUCAGAGGAAGAAAUUCCAAGAGGAACAAAACAGGGAAUGGUCCUUGCAACAGCAAAGGGAAUGGAAGAUGGCCCGCGCCAACCAAAAAUGCGCAGAGGAUCUCUACCUGAAGACAAGGCUGCAGUUUGACGAAACAGCCAAGCAUUUACAGAAUCUGGAAAGCACCACCAGAAGGGCGGUUUGUACAGCUGUGAAAGAAUUCAACAAGAACCAGGCCUUGGAGUCAGCGGAAAAGAAAAUCCAACAGAAAAAACAGGACCAAGAGGACAACCUGGCCGAGAUCUCCAACCUGCUGCGUGGGGACCUGCUCUCGGAGAACCCGCAGCAGGCAGCCAGCUCCUUCGGGCCCCAUCGCGUGGUCCCCAACCGCUGGAAGGGCAUGAGCCGGGAGCAGCUGGAGCACAUCCGCCUGCUUCAGAAACAGCAAGUCCAGGAGAAGCUGAGGCUCCAGGAAGAAGAGCGCCAGCGAGACAUGGAUUGGGACCGGCAGAGGGUCCAGCGGGCUCGCGCCGCCUUGCUGCUUGAGCGACAGCAGCAGUGCCAACGGCGUGACCUGCGCAGAGCCCUGGACUGCAACAACCUCAGCCUGGCCAAGGAGCAGCUUUCGCAGAAAAAAUAUAUGAAGGAAAUCUGUACAAAUCAUCUCACAGAAGAUUAUUUCGCACAAUUUAAUACAAGAAGUCGAUAA